UGCAUUAUCUUCCUACUCGCGGACUCAAUCAUCUUCAUUUUCACAAUAAUUUUCAGCAACAGUAAACGUAUUCUCCACGUUUGACAGUAUAUAAUAGUUUGUUGUCAAGAGAAAAACUGUGUGCAGUUAGGUAACCAGAUAUACUAGUUAAGGUUAUACUGUCUGAUGGUCAUUCGGUUGAAAACAUAGAGAGGAUAUAUAGUGUCUAAACGUCAACUAGAGCGUGAUUGUAUGAACGUUUUACCUGUUAUCAAAUUAAGAUAGAUCGCCGGUGCAUUAAAAAAAACUUUGGAGUAACUGCGGUGACUGAAAUUAAGGCUUGGAAUUAAAUUCAUUUUUUACAAGGAAACAUUAUGUGAGAUAGAUUUGGGAACUUAUAAAUAAACAAAGUGUGGACUAUUAUGUAAGGAAUAUUAAUAUAACGAUUCAGUGAUACUCGGUUGAGCAAAAAGACUAAAGAAAAAGAAGUACAGCCAAGAUGCCUGUUGAACAAUUUAUUGCCUCUAUAGGCGCGAAUGUGUCGUACGAUCAGUAUAGCAAUAUGACUCUUGACUUUCUAACAGAAAUCAUGUGGCCUUUUACAAAGCCAUACAGCCCACUAGCAGAAAAGGCUUUAGUGAAGCCGAUCUAUAUUGUAAUCAUAGUGUUGUGUUCGCUAGCAACGAUAACCAAUUGUGUUGCUAUAGUUUCAACGUGCAGAGUAAAAUACUACCAAACGCUCCAUCUAAAACUGAUAGUAAGUCUUUGUGCGUCGAAUGUUUUAAUUGUCAUCGCAAUUCUUGCAAUGGUCGUCAACAAAAUUGCCAACAGCAAACAUGUGGUAGGGAUGAGCAGUCCCGAGAACCGAGCAACAAACGCAUGCGCGUUUGCAACAGUUAAUUCUCUGAAAAUUAUGGGAUUUCUGACAUCGUUGCUCAAUCUUCUUGCAAUGGCCUUGGACCACUACAUUGCCGUGAUAGUUCCGCUAAGAUACCCGAAAAUCAUGACCAAACCGCUUGGCAUCGUCUUGAUUUGCAUCAUUUGGGUAGUCUCCGCCAUCGGCGGCUUCUCGAAUAUUGUUCUUGGCCUUUUGCAGAACGACAAGUCACGUACCGAGGUUUUCCACUUUUGUGAAUUAGUUAUGUAUGAUCGUUAUAAUGCUGAGAUUUUGGUUUGCAUUAUCACAGCCAUUUUUGUGAUUGCAGUUACUUUUAUUUACAUUCAACUGUGUUGCAAAUUUAGAGCGCUUAAGAAGGAAACACAAAUGACACCCGGCGCCAACUACUCUCUCCAUAAAUACACAGCAAUAAUGACAACGAUAAUCAUUAUUGUGUGUUUCAUUCUUUGUCUGGUUCCUUACAUCGUCUUCCAAAUGAUCAUGAUCGGACUCGUUAAUUUCAACAAGGACGUUGUGUAUACUCUCUUCAACAGCCUCUUGGUCGCCAGCAAAUAUCUACACGUACUCUUGAUCACCAAUUGCUUGGCUCAUCCGUUUAUUUACGCCGUACGUUCAAAGAUCAUGAAGGGAGGCUACAAAAGUUUGUUCAUGGCGAUGAAUAGAGAGAAAAAAAUCACGGGUGGUAACGAACUCGGAGUGUUUGAUGGAACACCUGGACACAGCUCGAAGGCGAUUGGACCGUCGUGUGAAAGAGUAGAUGAACAGAAUGAAGAAGAAAGGGAUGGAGAAUCAGACGCAUUUGUACCUGCUCUUACUAAAUAAAAAGUGGAAAGGAACACUGUUUUGUAAUAAUUGUGUACAGUGGUUGUCACAUUAUUGGCCACGAGUGACAAUGACUUACGCUGAUUAAGGUUAUAUUUAUGACAGCAGAUAAUAAAUUUCAAUGCUGUUGAAAACUGUCUAGACUUUCCCCCAGCUUGUGGAUGUAAUCAAAGUUUCACGCUGACAUUCUUUUUUUUUUCAUUAAAUAAGAUUGUUAGAUUCAGAAAAUGUAUAGAAAUUUAGAUUAACAUGCAUGCAUACAUUGUCUUAGCAUAUAUUGUUUACACUUGAUAUUAUUUCUUGUACGUUUUUAAAACGUGCAAUUCUCUGCAAAUAGCACUAUUUUAUAUAUAUUUCUUAUGUGAAUACUUUUUAUACAAUUGCAAACAAAACUCAUUGUGCUACAAAAACAAAUUAAUACGUUUAUUCAUUUGUUCGCAAUUGUUUUAUUCCUACACAUAUAUUAUAGUAUCACUAUAAAUAAACUUUAGCAGCUAUUGGAAACUAAUCAAUUCUGGUAAAAUACUAACUGGUUAAAAAAAUGAAACCCAAUUUGGAUUUCUUAAAUCAAAUUCCUAUAACAUGCACGAACAAUGCUGCGAAAUGGUAGACUAGUUUAUUUAAAACCUUGCCAGUAAUUACCAUACCGCCGAUAGGUGAAACCGAGUUCGGAGCUUUUAUAGAAAACGCUCAAAUUCGACAUAAUGCCAAGUUUUAAGUGGCUAUCAUAUCGAUAUGACACACACACAUUACUCGAAGCAUUUUCAAGGAAAGCAAUUUUGAUGAGGGUAUUAUAGUUGUGGUGUUUGUAUUUGUGUAUGUGAUGUUGUUAUGUUUGUAUCUGUAGUUCAUUGUCGAUUGGGACUCUUUCUUGUGCCACUAAACAGUGACUAAUCAUUAAUGUUCGACUACUGGGCUUGUCCCUUUUUUGUAUUAUUGCAAGAUAUAGUCGAUUCUGAAGGUGGCGUUGGUAU